CACAAACAAACAAUUAGGUCAUUAAUGUAAGUGAAAUAAAACAUCACUAGGGUACCUACUACACAAAUACACUUUUAUUUUUGAACUUGGUUAUUUGACAUCAUUGAUUCAAAAUUUUAUAUUUCGAUAGAUUAGACAUUUUUAAACUUGAAGUAUUUCAUUACCAUUUUUUUCUGCUGAUUGAGGACAGAUGGGGCUUGAAAAUUAACCCCCCUCUAAAGUAGGAAAAGGCAGAACAAAGUUUGCGAACCACUGUUGUACAUCUGCCCAAAAUAAAGCGUUUAUUUUCAUAUUUCAAAAGUCCCUUUAGGACAGGAUCUGGAUUGACCAAGACCUAAAAGGAAAAAUCCAUGAUGCAGUUGUGAACAAACAUUGGAUGUCAGUGGUAUUAAAGGGAUAAAAACUAAGAGAUAUUAUGAACAAUAUGCAAAAAAUAUAAAUACCAUGAAGACACUACAUUUAUCACAAAAGCAUUGUUUUGUUUUUGUUUGUUUCAAUGAUCACACGUCCCUUCAGAGAAAGUGUUGCGUGCCAUAGGGCACUGUAUCAUUGUUAAUAUCGUUUUUAAUUAUUGUAAGAGCACAAGCUGCUGAGCAUUGGGACGUUUUUAUUUGCCUUGUUACAGUAGUCCCAUUUGAGAUCAUUUGCAUGCAACAGCUGAGAUCGUUUCCUUUUAACUAGUUUUCAGGAAGAUGAUUUGCAUGGAAACAUAAAGACACCCUGAGGUGUGCUACCUCGUGGGACGCAGAAUAAAAUAGCCCUGGGAGGUAAAGUUCUUUUUACAUUCUGAAGCUCAUAUUUGUCAUGUCGAACUCCUCAGUUUGUUGCGCUUUCGAGUCCCCCAUUCUGGACCAAGUCCUCCCCCCUAUCCUCUUCAUAGAGUUCAUUUUAGGCCUCUCUGGGAACAUUUUAGCCUUGUGCAUGUUCGCCUUCCACAUGGAGAGCUGGAAACCCAACUCUAUCUACCUGGCACACCUGGCUGUAGCUGACUCGGUGGUGCUCUUCUGCUUGCCUUUCAGAGCUGAUUACUACCGCAGACGCAAGGACUGGGUUCAUGGCGACGUCUUCUGCCGCAUUCUGCUCUUCCUCCUUGCAGCCAGCAGGGCAGCAGGUAUAUUCUUUCUCACGGCAGUGGCCGUGGACCGGUACCUGAAGAUUGUACACCCGCUCAACCGUAUCAAUCGGAUGAACUUGAGCUAUGCUAUGUGGGUCUCUGCAGGGAUGUGGGCCAUGAUAAUAGCCAUGACUGCAUACCUGCUUGGCUCACGCCACUUCUACAGUUUUGAUAACCGCACCCAAUGCGAGAGCUUCAACAUAUGCAUGGGGAGCAACCCGCUCUCAAACUGGCACAACGCAUUUUACGUGAUCCAGUUUUCCGUACCCACGAUCAUUAUCACCUUCUGCACGGCCUGCAUUACGUGGCAGCUGAAAAACAAGACAAUGGACACCUCGGGCAAAAUCAAGAGGGCUGUUCAGUUCAUUUUCGUCGUCGCUAUAGUCUUCAUCGUCUGCUUCUUUCCAAGUACUGCCUCACGAGUCGCUGUUUGGAUACUGAAGGUCUGGUACAGCGAGUGCUCCUACUUCAGUGAGGCGAAUCUGGCGUUUUACACUUCGGUCUGCUUCACCUAUUUCAACAGUGUCCUUAAUCCUCUGGUGUACUAUUUCUCCACUCCAGCAUUCAGUGGGACCUUAGAGAAAUUAAUUUUGAAACUCAGAGGGAGGAAAACAGAGAAGAUUGUGGCUACGGUAACAAGUGAUUAAAGUAAACUGAGAGAUGAUGUAUUACAUAAAAAUGUCUUGUUUUUUUAAUACAUCACUUAGUACAUAAUGUAUAUACUAUUCCAGCUUUUUUUUACAUUUUAGUUACCAAAAGCUGAUAGAGAUUGUGUACUGUUUUUGCAAUUUUGGUAGGAAUGUUUAUGGAAAAGGGGACUUUAUGCAUAUACUGUAAGCUUCAACAUGUUGUAGACCAGAAAUUAAUGUAUCUAAUGUAAUAAAUUUCCUUAUUUCUUUAGUCUUUACUGUUAAUGUCUUCUAUAAAGAAAUGAUGCAGUUUUUAGUCUUUAAUGGGCAAAAUAUGACAUACAAAGAAUAAUUAAAGUAAGUUAAGCCUUGCUAUUGAAAGCCUUGUUAUAAAAUAAAGUGAAUAAUAUAUACCACAGGGGAUUUUAAAAUCCCACCUUCUUUCAUACUUCUGGCUCCUCCUUGUGUGCAGUGGGAUGAUCUGUAGUCAUCUACACUCAGAUGCCAGUUUAUUUAAAAUUUAUAUGAAUAUAAGAAAUUUAAGUAAUUGAAAUUUAAGAAAUUUAAGAAAUUUCCCCACUGUGGGACGAAUAAAGGUUUAUCUUAUCUUAUAUGCUUACUUGCUUGUACACCUUCUCUUGCAAAGUGGAUCAUUUGGAGAGUUUAUUUUAGUGAUGUUUUCUAUCAGGCUCAAGAGCCUUUGCUGGGGUUUUUAACACACGUGUGUUUUCAGCAAUGUAAAAAUUUUUUUUAAUAAUAAUAAUAUAAUAAAGUGCUUUCAUUCCAAUUCGAUUACAAAAAAACAGCCGGUCUUGGGCAGAGGUGGCAAAAGUACACACAUCCUUCACUUGAGUAGAAUUACAGAUGUUUUAAAAGACUCUGUUAAAAGUUGAAGUAUUCACUACACUUUUUUCCACUCAAGUUAAAGUAAAAAAGGUUUGGGCUCUGACAUGUACUUAAGUAAAAAGU